AUGCAGCGCCUCGCGUCUCUCUGGAGACGCCUGCCACUGGCCCGGGGUGGUGGUCGUUCUCUUCCUAAUAUCCCCUCACAUCCUCUUCGGACAAAUUGGCGUGACAACUUCCUCUUCCGGGCACAGCACACGGCCGCAGCGCUCAAAUCCAAAUCCCUGUCUUCUCCUCUUCCGCCUACUAUGUCCCAACCCUCCAAGAGCUUUGGGAACUACGAUCUCAUCAAGCGGAUUAAACUCGACUUCACUGACGUCGUCGUCUCUAAAUGGAGGAGCAGAGUCACUGGUUUGACCGUUGUACAUCUGGACUACGAAGCUCCUAUAGUCGAUGGCUAUUUUGUUGUGGGAACUGAAAUCUUUGACGAUUCUGGAUGUCCUCAUACCCUCGAACACUUGGUUUUCAUGGGAUCUGAAAAGUAUCCCCACAAGGGCGUCUUAGAUCUCCUUGCCAAUCGUGGAUUUUCAAACGGAACCAACGCCUGGACGGACACUGAUCAUACCGCGUACACCAUUUCAACUGCUGGAGAACAAGGGUUCCUACAAUUGCUCCCUAUCUACGUUGACCACAUUCUCUAUCCCACCAUCACGAAGGCCGGCUUUGUUACAGAGGUUCACCAUAUUGACGGCAAAGGAAAUGAUUCUGGGGUCGUCUACAGCGAAAUGCAAGGGAGGGAAAACACGUCGGGCGAUCUUAUGGCUCUUCGACUUCAACGAUUGCUCGACCCUCCUGGUAGCGGAUACCGCAGUGAAACCGGUGGUCUGAUGGAAGCCUUGCGCGUUUUAACACCGGAACAAAUCCGUGACUAUCACUCGAGCUAUUACGUGCCCCACAAUCUUGCACUGAUUGUUGCUGGAAAACUUACCAGUGGGACGUCUUCCCUUCUGCAUGUGGUCCAAGAAAAGAUAGAACCGAGCCUCAUCCAGCACCGGCAAAACAAAGGCCCUCGCCCUCCAGGUUGGGAGCGACCCUUCUUAGAGACACCGAGCGCAAAUCGGAAGCCCAUAGCCGCUGCUACAACGGAUGUUGUAGGAUUCCCAGAAAAGGAUGAAAGCAUGGGCGAACUUAUCGUUGCCUUCUUGGGUCCACCUCCUAGCGAUCAUCUCUCUCGCAAGGCUUUGGACAUACUUGGAACGUAUCUCACGUCUUCGGCGGUUGCUCCACUUACCAAGGAAUAUGUAGAGAUAGAAUCACCUCUCUGUUCCUAUAUUUACUUCAGUGAAGACACACGUGCAACUUUUGUGAAUCUCCCCAUCUACAUCACCUCCGUCCCAACAGAACACCUUGACACGUUCAAUGAUAAACUUAGAUCCAGUUUCCAGCGAAUCGUAGGCGAAGGAUUCGACAUGCAGCGCAUGGCUAUGGUAAUCAGCAGAGAUGAAAGACAGCUUCGCAGCAGACUGGAAUCAGCGAAGGGAGACACGUUCUCCGGCACAAUCAUCAGUGAUUUCCUCUAUGGACCCGAAGAUGGUUCAGAACUUCAUGCGUCAAUGGACGAAAUCACUUAUUUCAAUGUCUUGAAGACCUGGACGAGUGAUCAAUGGGCCGCCCUCCUCUCCAAAUAUUACAUUGACCAGCCUUCGAUCGUUGUAAUUGGAAAGCCUUCUGCGGCUCUCGCUGAGAAAUUAGAGAAAGAUGAGAAGGCAAGGAUCGCAGCUCAGGUUAAAAGACUAGGUCCAGAAGGUCUCAAGAAUGCUGAGGCAGAAUUAGAAGCAGCAAAGGCGAAACAUGGAGAAAAAAUUCCUGAUGAAAUCUUAACAUCUUUCCCCGUGCCAGAUGUGAAGAGCAUCUCAUGGAUUCCAGUGCAAAGCGUCCAAGAGCCGGGCCAGGGUAGAAAGGCCACUUUCUCCCCGUCCGCUACUGAGCCGUUGUACAAACACAUCGAAUCCGAUGGGCAACCAUUACCGUUCUUUGUUGAAUUUGACCAUGUUGAGUCCGACUUCGUUACAGUUCAUGGCCUUUUCUCUCUUGCCAGGCUGCCGAACCGCCUUAGACCAUAUAUAUCUGCCUACCUCUCUUCGUUCUUUUCCUUGCCCGUUAACACGACAUCUGGAGGAAGGCUCUCUCACGAAGAAGUGGUCAAUAAGCUCGACGAUGAGACAGUUUCUUAUGAAGUCGGACUCGGUUUAUCCAACAACUUCACUGAUCUCUUCCGCGUUACCAUCAAAGUUGAAACGGCUCAAUAUGCGAUUGCGAUUGCCUGGAUGAAGGAUUUGGUGUAUUCAUCCGAAUUUGACAAAGACCGCCUUCAAGUAUCACUGGCGAAGAUUCAACAGUCUCUACCCGAGAUGAAGCGAGAUGGAAAUAACGUGUUAGGGUCCCUCUGGGCUGAGUUGAUGUACGCCGAGAAUUCGACAUCGCGGAGUGGGGGAGUUCUUCCACAAGCAGAAUUUAUCCCGAAACUCGUGGAAUCUCUGCAAGAGUCACCUGUUGACGUUAUUGCCGACUUCGAAGAGAUUAGGAAACACAUUAUCGAUCCCUCUGGUGUCAGAUUUUCCGUAACUGGCAAUGUUCUCAGUUUGAAGGAGCCAAGAAGUACUUGGAGCAAGCACUUCUCGUCUUCCUUGCCGAGCGUGCCACUCUCGCCCGUUCCCGUGUCAUAUGAUACUCUCAGUGAAGUCGGAAAGAAUAUUGCACGGAAGGCGAUUGUUAUGAGCCUACCAACCAUUGAAAGCUCCUUCGCUACUCAUACCACAAAGGGUAUCAAAGGAUUCGAUCAUCCAGAUUUUCCUGUUAUCCGCGUCGCCGCUGAGGUGCUCAAUGCUACGGAGAGCUAUCUCUGGCGUUACAUUCGAGGAUCUGGACUGGCUUAUGGUGCAUACGUUUCAUUGGACCCAGAAGGCGGAUUGCUUAACUUCUCUCUUUACCGAAGUUCUAACAGCAUGAAGGCUUUCGAGGAAGCGGGCUCUGUGGUUCGCGGCCUCGUAGAUGGCACAAUUGACUUCGAAGAGACCAUCCUUGACUCUGCAAAGAGUGCAAUCGUAUAUGGUGUCACCAAAAACGUGUCAACCGCAGGCAGAGCGGCAACGGUAUCAUUCGCGAACCAAGCCCUGAAGGGUGUUCCAAGAACGCACCAAGUUGAUCUUCUAGAGAAAUACCAAAUCGUCACCAGGAAGGACGUUCUGGCAGCCUUGAAAAAGCACUUCCUGCCUCUUUUCGAUUGUAAUACUUCGGUUGCCGUUGUGGUUACAGCUCCUGCAAAGGCCGAAGAGAUAGGGAACGGUUUGAAGGCGAUUGGAUUCGAUGUGACACAAAGGCUGAUGGAGAUCGAUCCCAGCGAGAUGGAGGACACUGACGGCGAGAACGAGAGUGACAGCGAUGGCGAAACGUCGGCUACCGAUUGA